AUGAACGCUAUGCACCAUUCCAUACUGUGCGAGUUCAUGAACAACAUUGGAUUCAUGGUACUCGGAAACCAUCUCAUACCUCUCGACCCUAACGAACUCCUUCCCUUUGGAGACCCGAAUGGAAACGCUCGGUUCACCGGAUAUUUCAAUGACACCAUCUCCGUUUUCAGAGCCACGAGGGACAUCGCCAUGGGCGAGGAAAUUCGGAUGUGUCGUCCGUCCCUUUCCAAUCCCGUCACUGGCAGUGCCGUCAGUAGCGGAGCCGUCGGUGAAGAAAGACACGUUCAAGCCGAAGGGUGCGAGGAUGGCGAGGACGGCGAUGACGAAGAAAGCCAGGAAAGUGAGGAAGGACAAGAAAUCCUCGAGAUCCCAAAGCGAAACAAGGGCAAGGGCAAAGCCGUUGAUAUGGAACUCGACAACGGUGAAGGCCCCAGCAGUUCCAGAGAAGAGUGGCAGGUCAGGGCACAGAGCCAAGAACGAGCCCCAAAUCUCUACUCAGGAUCCGAAAAUAGUCCCCUUUCCUUUCGAGCAGCCUUGGCACUACCGGCUCCGGGUCCUGCAGGACCAAGACCUCAUGAUCCUCUCAGGAUGAAUCCGGCCCCCCCUUCUACCGGUACUCGGCAGCAAGAGAAGGCCGCCAAGUCUGACAGCGGUGGUGCUGCAGAACAUGUUGAGGAUGUUGCCAACAACGACGGAGCGAACGAUAUGGCCCAGAACAAGAAGCUAGGCCGCACAGCUAGGUUCAAACUGGUCUUGAGGAAGAAAUUUGGAAUCAAAGACAAGCGGGAGGCCGGUCAUAACAAGGAUGACCAGGCUGAAGGCGAACAAAUCGAGGACAACCAGUCCGGUGUCAAACAUACUGGUGACAGCGAGCCGGCAACCAGCGAACAUCAGGAGUUGGCAGACUAG